UGUGUGAUUGAGUACAAUUGUACAAGUAACAAAAACAAAUUAGAUCUACUGAACACAACAAUGCUACAAUAUUUAAGUCUGUUAAAUUCUUAUUUUCUCUCGAAAAAAGCGUUGAAGAUGGAAAAUCUUGGUAAUCUGGAGAAGACAGUACAGUUAAUAAAUAAAGUUGACGCGAAAGAAGUUACUGUGAGGAAUAUGGGCGACGAAGUAUGGGAUCCUGUAGACGACCUCUCCAUUCCGAGGAGACUAACGCAUUCAGCAAGUGUAGAUAUCCAGAAAAGUAUGCAAUUGGAUGCAAGAGUGGAAUCUCGAGUGCUAGUUCUGUAUACUGGAGGAACUAUUGGUAUGGUCAGGAACAACGACGGAGUUUUGGUUCCCCAGCCGAAUGUUAUGGAAAACAAAAUAAGACGUAUUGUAACAAUGCAUGAUCAAGAUUACUCUAAGAUGAGAUUUGCGGCUUUCGGUACACAGGAUACUGUACCUCUAGUACUACCUCCUAUANGGGUUGUGUACUCUAUCUAUGAAUAUGAUCCUAUCCUGGAUUCAAGUAAUAUGACGAUGGAUGAUUGGAUUCAGAUCGCUAGUGAUAUAAAAAGCUCUUACCAUAUGUUUGAUGGGUUUGUUAUCCUUCAUGGAACUGAUACUUUGGCAUACACCUCAUCAGCUCUAUCCUUUAUGUUAGAGAACCUCGGCAAAACUAUUAUUGUCACAGGAUCUCAGAUUCCUUGUUUUGAAACACGAAGUGAUGGAAGAGAUAAUAUUGUUGGAGCGCUUAUCCUUGCUGGUAACUACUGUAUUCCUGAGGUGUCUGUUUACUUUAACCAUAAAUUAAUGCGAGGAAAUAGAACUGUCAAGGUGAGUUCUGGUUCCUUACAUGCUUUUGAGAGCCCUAAUCUACCCCCGCUAGCAACUGUGGGUAUCAAUAUAUCUGUAGAUUACAGAUCACUGUGGAAGAGUGGUAAAAUUAAAGCCCUGAAUGUUCAAGCCAACCUAUGCCGAGAUGUUGUUCUCCUCCGUUUAUUCCCUUCUAUCAGUACAGAGACUAUUAAACACUUCCUUACUCCACCUAUCAAGGGUGUAGUACUCCAGUGCUAUGGAGCUGGUAAUAUGCCGAGUAACAGAAAAGACAUUAUAGCAGCAAUAGAGAGUGCAACUAAACAGGGUGUUAUAGUUGUUUCAUGUACACAGUGCAGUCAUGGAGCUGUUAGUGGAGAAUAUGAGACUGGUAGAGCUCUAAUGAAUGCUGGAGUAAUCCCUAGCAGUGAUAUUACACCUGAAGCUGCUCUUACUAAACUAUCCUAUGUUCUGGCCAAGAGUGAACUAAGCCAUGAGGAGAAGCGUAAAGUUAUGGAAUCUUCAAUUCGAGGAGAGAUGACAGUACAGUUUGAAGUAGUAAACCCAAGAACUCUAGAGAUGCAAACUAAUGAAACAAACCAACUUGAUCUCAUUGACCAGGUAGCUCGAGCCAUGAACUUGACUUCAGGAGAAGAGAUAGAUAAUUUAAACUCUAUUCUUUUCCCAUCCUUACUUUGCUCAGUUGUAUAUCUGGGAGAUACAAGUAGGUUAGCUGUACUAGAAGAGAACCAACCUGAUUUCUCAGCUCCAGAUUACAGUGGGAAAACAGGGCUACAUAUUGCUGCUGCUCUAGGAAAUGACAGUAUGGUCGAAUGGUUGUUAGAAAGGGGAGCAAAUGUACAUGCUAGAGAUAUGAACAAUGAUACUCCUCUACUCGUGGCUGCUAGGGCAGGGAAGGAGAGUACAGUAAAGGUUUUAGCACAGUGUGGAGGAGCACACGGUUUAACCCUGAGUGAACUGGGAGAUCUCAUGGUUCUGGAGGCAGGACAGGGGCAUAUAGAACAGCUCAGAUGUUUAUUACAAGCUGGGGCUAGCCCUGAUAUUUGUAGUGUAAUUAACGGUAACACUGCUCUCCAUGCUGCUAUAGAGGGAAAUCAUUUGUCUGUUUGUGAACUGCUGUUGUCUGUUGGAGGAUCUGUUGAUAUCCCAAAUAUUUAUGGAUAUACAGCUAAACAUAUAUCCACCCUUCUACACAGGGAACAUCUUCUGAAGAUUGAAAGAAAAAUGACGAAUGGAAAUAACAGUUAAAUAUUAGCAUUUAUCAAGACAAUGUUACGUAGAUUCAUUUUUACGAUUGUCGUGGAAAUAUUUGAUCAUUUGUUGAAAAUGUAAAAAGCAGUAUUUAAUUUUACUUUUAGACCUAGACGAAGAAAUAUUAAAGUAAUAAAAGAAUUUAGACUUAAAGCUA